AUGAUAACAGACUCCAUCCUCCCCUUCAUCCGCCACUAUUGGCCCUCCCUCCUCCUGGUCCUCCUCCUCGCCCGCCUCAUCCGCAACCGCUUCCACAACGGCCUGCACAAGUACCCAGGCCCCUUUCUCGCCUCGCUGACCGACUGGUGGCGCUUCUGGGACGUCUACCACCGCCGCCCGGAAUUGUCUCAUAUCGCGCUGCACCGCCGGUAUGGCCCUGUUGUGAGGUUGGGGCCGAAUACGCUGUCGUUUGCCGAUCCGGAGGUGUUGAAGGUGGUGUAUGGGUUGAAUAAGGGGUUUGUUAAGUCCGACUUCUACGUCGUCCAACAGGCGGUAGUCAAAGGCCACAGCCUGCAGUCGCUGUUCAGCACGACGGACAACGACUUCCACAUGCAGUUCCGCCGGUGUGUCAACUCGGCGUUUGCCAUGUCUGCACUGGUGCAGUACGAGCCGUUUGUGGAUAACACGACAAGGCUGUUUUUGAAGCAGACGGAGCGGUUGUAUGUGGGUGCUGCUGGUAGUGGUGGUGGCGUAGCGUGUGACUUUACGCGCUGGCUGCAGUUUUAUGCGUUUGAUGUGAUUGGGGAGAUCACGUACAGCAAGAGGCAUGGGUUUAUCGAGCGGAAUGAGGAUGUCGAUGGGAUUGUGGCGUACUUGACGAAGUUGUUUCUUUAUGUUGCUCCGAUCGGCCAAAUCCCCCUCCUCGACCGCCUUUUCCUCAAAAACCCCCUCUACCUUAAACUCUCCGAAUGGGGCCUCCUCGACGCCACCUUCCCCGUCGCCAAAUUCGCCCGCGCCCGCAUGGCCGAGCGUCUCCCCGAGCUCCAACAGACCCAGGCUGAAAAACACACCAACACCACCACCACUUCCUCCCCAACUCUCCCCACCACCGAAACAAAGAAACCCCUCGUCACCUCCCCCGACCUCCUCUCCAAAUUCCUCGCCGCUCGCACCGCCCGCCCUGAAUUCAUGUCCGACACCCUCGUACAAACCAUGGCCGUAAGCAUGGCCUUCGCGGGGUCCGAAACCACCGCCAUUUCCCUCUCCGCCAUCUUCUACUUCCUCCUCAAAACCCCUUCCGCCCUUUCCCGCCUCCGUGAUGAAAUCGACUCUGCCGCCCGCGCGGGUAAGUUUUCGGAUUAUGAAACGGGGCUGGUAACCUGGCACGAAAGCCAGAACCAUCUGCCGUAUCUGGAUAUGUGUGUCAAGGAAGCGUUUCGGUUACAUCCCGCUCCUGGGUUGCCGCUGGAGAGGGUGGUUCCCGCCGGCGGAGUGGAGAUUGUCCCCGGGAGUGGGGAGAGGGUGAAGGGGGGCACGGUGGUGGGGUGUUCGGCGUGGGUGGUGCACCGGGAUGAGAGGGUGUUUGGGGAGAGGGUGGAGGAGUUUUGGCCGGAGAGGUGGGAGGUGAAGGACGAAAGGGAUGAGGGGAGGGUGAGGGUGAUGAAUGGGACGAUGUUGCAGUUUGGGAUGGGUAGUCGGACGUGUAUUGGGAAGAAUAUUAGUUUGUUGGAGAUUUAUAAGGUCGUGCCGAGUUUGUUGAGGCGGUUUGAGAUCCGCUUCGAUGACCCCAACUCGGAGUGGGAAAUUGUCAACGCCUGGUUUGUCAAGCAGAGCAACUUUAUCACUAGGUUUGAGCUGCGGGAUAUCGUGAUGCCUGAGGAGGGGGUCAAGGUGGAAAGGCAUUAA